GUCGUGGAGUGUUUGCCUUGGCUCCUUUCAAUAAAGGAGAUUUUGUUGCUGAAUAUAGAGGGGAAAUGAUUGACUUUACUGAAGCAGAACACAGAAGAGAAGUUUAUCAAAAUCCUGUUUUUAUGUUUGACUUUACUUGGCAGAACAAGAAGUGGUGUAUUGAUGCAACUAAUGAGAAUGCCCCCCUUGGCCGGCUUGUCAAUGACAACCACAUGCACCCGAACUGUACCAUGAAGAAGAUUGUCACCGAGGGAAAACCCAAUUUAUGCCUUUUUGCUUUGAGGGAUAUUGUUCCUGGAGAGGAAAUAACUUAUGAUUAUGGAGAAAGUAUCUGGCCUUGGAGAAAG